AUGUCGACGAUUGAGCGCCUCUCGAUCCAGGGCAUCCGGUCGUUCAGCUCCAAUGACGCCUGCGACAUUCGGUUUCAAACGCCGCUCACCGUGAUUGUCGGCCACAACGGUGCUGGCAAGACGACCAUCAUCGAGUGCCUUCGCUACGUGACCACGGGCGAACUGCCGCCAAACAGCAAGUCCGGCGUGUCGUUCGUGCUCGAUCCAAAGCUUGCAAAGGAGCGCGAAGUCAAGGCGCAAGUCAAGCUGCGCUUCACCAACGUCAGUGGCAAGUCGAUGGUGUGCAGCCGGCGCCUCCAAGUCACACAGACAGCCAAGAAGGCGUCGUGCAAGACGAUCGAAAGCACGCUGCUGACGAUUGAUCCGGUCACUGGAGAAAAACAAAGCAUCAGUUCCAAAUGCGCCGACAUGGAUCGCCUCAUCCCGAUUGAGCUCGGUGUGUCCAAGGCAGUGCUUGAAAAUGUCAUCUUUUGCCACCAAGAGGAAAGCAGCUGGCCUCUGAGCGAGCCAAAGAAACUCAAGGAAAAGUUUGACGACAUCUUUGCUGCAACCCGAUACAUCAAGGCUCUUGAAAACAUCAAAAAGUUCCGAGACGAACAAGUCAAAGACGUGCGGGAGAAGGUCAUUGAGCUGGAGCAUUUGGAAAAAUGCCGCGAUGCCGCACAGGAAAAACGAAGGCUUCAGCAGAGCGUUCGUGCCCAGAUGCAAGCCGCCGAUGAGGCCAUCACCGGCAUUGACGCAAAACUCGAGCCCAUCAACAAGCUGAUUGCCGGCUUGGACACGCAGAUGGCCAAAUUCAAUGCGUUGCAACAAGACCGUGCUGCAGCAGAAAGCGCCAAGGACCAGCUGGUCAAAAACCUGGCCGAGAUUAAAGGCGGCAUGACCAACGAGCUCACCGAGACAGACGCAGAGCUGGCGCAGAUGGAGAAGCGCUUUGACGAACAGUUCCGUCAGGCGGCUGCGCAACGGCGGGAGGCCGAGCAGCAGCAAAAGCAAGCCAACGACGCGCUCGAGGCGCUGCGCGCAGAGUUCAACCGCUUGCUGACGCAGGGCGGACGCGCCGAAAGCGAGCUGGAUGCCUUGAGCAAUCGGGUCAAGGAGCGCGAUGCCUUGAUUCAGACGCUUGCCAACAAGUACCGCAUCGAUGGCUACCGGACCCCCGAGGAGCUUGCCGCCAAACCGCGCGAUGCGGUUGGUCAAGAGUUUCGUCGGCAGCUGGAGCGGGUGCUCAGCGCGCGACGCGCCACCAUCGAGGCAGAUCGCGCUCGCCUUGAGGGCGAGGUUGCAAAGCUGGGGUCGGAUGUGGACGCCCGCAGAAACGACCUUUCCAUUGUUUCAGCUCGUUUCAAGUCCAAAGACGAGGAGGUGCGUGACAAGAAGAAUCGGGCAGCUCGCGCCUUGGAUGAAGCCAAGUCCCUCUGUGGGGGGCAGUCCUCUGCCGCCAAGCUCGAGCAGGAUCUUGCAAAGGAGCAGGCGUAUGCGAGCGAGCUCGAGGUGAAAGUCGCGCAACUCAAGCAGGAGGCCGACAAUCCGCAGCCCAAGGCCGAGCUGCGGCAGACCGAAGCUUCCGUCGCAACAUCGCAGCAGCGCCUGCAGCAGCUGGAUAAAGAGCUCGAGUCUAUUAACUCCGAGCUUGGUGCCCGUGCCCAGCUUGAUCUCAAGCGGCAACAGCGCGACCUCAAGCAAAACGAACGGGAAACCAUGCUGCGCACGCGCGAGCAAGACUUUGCGACGUUGAUUCCCGGGUUCUCGGCUGCAGCGGCCGCAGCCAACACGCGCGACGACAAUCUCUCUUCGGCGCUGGCUCAACUGCUCGAGCGCAAAACCAAGCUCUUGAAGGAAGAGCAAACCCGCCUGCGUGACGCCGAGAACGAGCAUGCCCGUGCCAAGGCGCAGCUGGAAGUGCUUCACAGCGAGAAAAAGCGAGCAACCGCCCAGAGAGAUGCGGCUCAAGCCGAACUCAACAAGGUGCUGGCCCAACCAGAGAUGCAGCCGGCGCCCCAGCCGGGCGACGAGGAUGCUGCGGCCGAACCGUCCUCCGCGGCGGCGCCUGUAGUGCAGAGCACUGGCAACCCUGAUCUCGACCAGCGAUUGACAGUGUUUGAUCGACAAAAGUCCAAGACAGUCAGUGUGCUCGCAACGCUGGAUGCGGCCGAGCUCAUGUACAGCUCGUUCAUCAAAAAGGCUGAGCAGAGUCACGCAUGUCCGCUGUGUGAACGCGCGUUUGGUCACGGUGGCCAUGCCGCCGCCGCCUCCUCGUCCUCCUCGUCCCGCUCUUCAUUGGACGAGUUUGACAAGUUCAUGCAGACGUACAAGAACAAACUGAGCGUCAUUCCCGGCCGCAAAGCCAAUUUGGCAACUCAGCUCAACGAGCUCCAGGCGCUUCUCCAGCGCCUCGACACUCUGCGCCCCUUGAGCACACAGCUGACCGAGCUGGUGGAAAAGACGCUGCCUCGACUCGAGAGCUCGAUUGAAGAUGCCGCGGCCGUUUGCGAGGUGCUUGGCGCGAACGUUGACGAUCUUGCCGCAUCCGUCGCGGAGCAGAAAGAGUCUGUCGAUUUGGCCAACCAACUCCGCGCGGACGCUGCCGCACUGGCUCGGCUUUCGAGCGAUGUUCGGGCGUUGGACAAUGAGAUUGCCGCCCAAGAGCGCACGUUGCAGUCGACAGGAGGCUCGGGUCGCUCUCGCGACCAGGUUUCCGAGGAGCGAAAGAGCUUGGCUGCCGAGCUCGAAAUGCUUCGUCGCUCGGUCUCGCAACUGACGCGAGACAUUCGUGCAAAGGAGGAUGCCGUGAAUGCCGAGCGGAAUCGACUCUUUGAAGUCACCAAAACCCUUGCAAGUCGUGUCAGCCAACUCGAGGAGGCCAAGCGACGUUUUUCCGUGCACGAGGAGCUUGUGGCAGCGGCGCGUGUGCUUGGUGAGGAGCUGGAGACCAUUCAACUCCAGCACAAGCCUGCAGAGGAACGCUUGCGGACGGCCUUGGACGCGCGCGAAACGUCUGAAAAUGCGCUCAAGUCAGCCAACGUCCGCUGGCGCGAUGAAACUGCCACACUGACCCGUGACUCGGACGCGUUCAAGACAUUGGAAGCCGCGAGCAUGAUGCUUGCAGGUAAAGAGGCGGAAGUCGCACGACUCGCCGCCUCCAAGGCCCACGCGUCGCGGUCCAUGGCCGACAAGGAGCAGCAGGUCACGACGCUGCAGGAAAAGGUGGCCAGCAUCCGGCGACAAGUGGAUCGUGAGCAGUCUGUGCGUCGCAAUCUGCAAGACAACAUUUCCUUCCGUCGCAAAAAGAUCGAGGUCCAGCAGUGCGACGAGGAAAUGGCAAACAUUGAUGACGAGCUCAAGCAGAUGAACGUUGGUAUCCUGGCCACUGAGAAGCAGGUUCCGCGCGAUACGCAGCGACAGCUGCAGUCCGAGGCAAGGCGCUUUUUGCGUGCAAAACUGGAGGGCCAACGAGCGACUUGGGCCGAGCAGGACAAGGGCAUCACGCGCGAGUUGCAGACGCCCCUCUACAACAAUGUGGACGACCGCUUCCGCAAGCAGCUCAUCACUGUCAAGACCACCAAGAUGGCCAACCACGAUCUGGAGCAGUACCACAAAGCGCUGGACAAGGCCGUGAUGAAGUACCACGCCAUGAAGAUGCAAGAGAUCAACGAGAUCAUCCGCGAACUCUGGGCAAAUACGUACAAGGGUGCGGACAUUGAUGCCAUCGAGAUUCGAUCCGACGUCGAUGAAGAAGAGACUCAGGCGUCUGGUCGCAAGUCGUACAAUUAUCGGGUCGUCAUGGUGAAGGGCGAAAUGGAAAUGGACAUUCGCGGGCGCUGCAGUGCCGGCCAGAAAGUGCUCGCCUGCCUCAUCAUUCGCAUGGCGCUCAGCGAAACGUUCUGUUUGAACUGCGGCAUUCUGGCGCUCGAUGAACCCACGACCAAUCUGGACAAGGACAACAUUGACAGUCUGGCACAUGCUCUAGCCAAAUUGGUCGAAUCCAGACGGGCGCAGCACAACUUCCAGCUGCUUGUCAUUACCCACGACGAGGACUUUGUCGCUCAGCUUGGACGGUCUGAGACCAUUCAAACGUACUUUCGAGUCGAAAAGGAUUUCAACCAAACGUCUCGCAUCAUUCCGCAGCAGUUCUCCUUGGACUCUUGA